UCAGUACAGGCUGACCAGCCAGACCCAGAAUAGCUGACCGGAGGCCCCGCUUGUCCUGGCCGACCUGGUCAGCCUCCAGAGUAUGGUCUGGCUGGGGCCCCUUUUGCUGCUCCCCAACCUCUUUCUGGCUUCUCAUGUUGGCGCCGCGGUGGACCUGACGCUGCUGGCCGACCUGCGCCUCGUCGAGCCCCGGCGCUUCUUCCUGACCUGCGUGUCCGGGGAGGCCGGGCCGGGCCGGGGUGCCGACGCCUGGGGCCCCCCUCUGCUGCUGGAGAAGGACGACCGCAUCGUGCGCACGCCGCGGCCCGCGCAGCCCCCGCACCUGGUGCGCAACGGCUCGCACCGCAUCACGCUGCGCGGCUUCUCGCAGCCCUCCGACCUGGUGGGCGUCUUCUCGUGCGUGGGCGGCGCGGGGCGCACGCGCGUCCUCUACGUGCACAACAGCCCGGGAGCGCACCUGCUCCCGGACAAGGUCACACACACGGUGAACAAAGGCGACACGGCCGUGCUUGCCGCACUUGUGCACAAGGAGAAGCAGACAGAUGUGAUUUGGAAGAGCAACGGAUCCUACUUCUAUACCCUGGACUGGCAUGAGGCCCAAGAUGGGCGGUUCCUGCUGCAGCUCCCAAAUGUGCAGCCACCGUCGAGCGGCAUCUACAGUGCCACCUACCUGGAAGCCAGCCCCCUAGGCAGCGCCUUCUUCCGGCUCAUCGUGCGGGGCUGUGGGGCAGGGCGCUGGGGACCAGACUGUACCAAGGAAUGCCCAGGCUGCCUGCAUGGAGGUGUCUGCCAUGACCUGGAUGGCGAGUGUGUGUGCCCCCCUGGAUUCACGGGUACCCGCUGUGAGCAAGCCUGCAGAGAGGGCCGUUUUGGGCAGAGCUGCCAGGAGCAGUGUCCAGGCACAUCGGGCUGCCGGGGUCUCACCUUCUGCCUCCCAGACCCUUAUGGCUGUUCUUGUGGAUCUGGCUGGAGAGGACACCAGUGCCAGGAAGCCUGUACCCCUGGCCACUUUGGGGCAGAUUGCCGCCUCCAGUGCCAGUGUCAGAAUGGCGGGACCUGUGACCGCUUCAGCGGCUGCGUGUGCCCCUCCGGAUGGCAUGGAAUGCACUGUGAGAAAUCCGACCGGAUCCCCCAGAUCCUGGAUGUGGCCUCGGAGCUGGAGUUCAACUUGGAGACGACGCCCCGGAUCAACUGUGCGGCCGCAGGGAACCCCUUCCCGGUGCGGGGCAGCAUGGAGCUCCGAAAGCCGGACGGCACAGUCCUCCUGUCCACCAAGGCCAUUGUGGAGCCAAAUAGGACCACAGCUGAGUUCGAGGUGCCUCGCUUGGCCCUCGGGGACAGUGGGCUCUGGGAGUGCCGUGUGUCUACGUCUGGUGGCCAAGACAGCCGACGUUUCAGGGUUAACGUCAAAGUGCCCCCAGUGCCCCUGACUGCUCCGCGGCUCCUGGCCAAGCAGAGCCGCCAGCUCGUGGUCUCCCCACUGGUCUCCUUCUCCGGGGACGGACCCAUCGCCUCCGUCCGCCUGCACUACCGGCCCCAGGACAGCACCAUGGCCUGGUCCGCCAUUGUGGUGGACCCCAGUGAGAAUGUGACUUUAAUGAACCUGAGGCCGAAGACAGGAUACAGUGUCCGUGUACAGCUGAGCCGGCCAGGGGAAGGCGGGGAGGGGGCCUGGGGGCCUCCCACCCUCAUGACCACAGACUGUCCUGAGCCCUUGCUGCAGCCAUGGCUGGAGGGCUGGCACGUGGAGGGCCCUGACCGGUUGCGAGUGAGCUGGUCCUUACCCUCGGUGCCUGGGCCACUGGUGGGCGAUGGUUUCCUGCUGCGCCUGUGGGAUGGGGCACGGGGACAGGAGCGGCGGGAGAACGUCUCGUCCCCCCAGGCCCGCACCGCCCUCCUGACUGGACUCACGCCUGGCACCCACUACCAGCUGGAUGUGCGGCUCUACCACUGCACCCUCCUGGGCCCUGCCUCGCCCCCUGCACGCGUGCUUCUGCCCCCCACUGGGCCCCCAGCCCCCCGACACCUCCAUGCCCAGGCCCUCUCAGACUCUGAGAUCCAGCUGACAUGGCAGCGGCCAGAGGCUUCGGCUGGGCCUAUAUCCAAGUACAUCGUGGAGGUGCAGGUGGCUGGGGGCUCAGGCGACCCCCUGUGGAUGGACGUGGACAGGCCCGAGGAGACAAGCACCGUUGUCCGUGGCCUCAACGCCAGCACACGCUACCUCUUCCGUGUGCGGGCCAGUAUCCAGGGUCCCGGAGACUGGAGCAGCGUCGUGGAGGAGUCUACCCUGGGUAACGGGCUGCAGAGUGAGGGCCCGGUCCAAGAGGUCCAAGCGGCUGCAGAGGGCCUAGAUCAGCAGCUGGUACUGGCCGUAAUGGGUUCUGUGUCUGCCACCUGCCUUACCAUCCUGGCUGCCCUCCUGACCCUGGUGUGCAUCCGCAAAAGCUGCCCGCACCGCAGACGCACCUUCACCUACCAGUCAGGAUCGGGUGAAGAAACCAUCCUCCAGUUCAGCUCAGGCACCCUGACGCUAACCCGGCGGCCAAAACCACAGCCCGAGCCCCUGAGUUAUCCAGUGCUGGAGUGGGAAGACAUCACCUUUGAGGACCUCAUUGGGGAGGGGAACUUUGGCCAGGUCAUCCGGGCCAUGAUCAAGAAGGAUGGGCUCAAGAUGAAUGCGGCCAUCAAGAUGCUGAAAGAGUAUGCCUCUGAAAAUGACCAUCGUGACUUUGCGGGAGAAUUGGAAGUUCUGUGCAAACUGGGACAUCACCCCAAUAUCAUCAACCUCUUGGGGGCUUGUGAAAACCGAGGUUACUUGUACAUCGCUAUUGAAUACGCCCCCUACGGGAACCUGCUAGACUUUUUGCGGAAGAGCCGGGUCCUGGAGACGGACCCAGCCUUUGCCCGGGAACACGGAACUGCCUCCACUCUCAGCUCCCGGCAGCUGCUGCGCUUUGCCAGUGAUGCUGCCAACGGCAUGCAGUACCUGAGCGAGAAGCAGUUCAUCCACAGGGACCUGGCUGCCCGAAAUGUGCUGGUUGGGGAGAACCUGGCCUCCAAGAUUGCCGACUUUGGCCUUUCUCGGGGGGAGGAAGUUUAUGUGAAGAAGACGAUGGGGCGUCUCCCCGUGCGCUGGAUGGCCAUUGAGUCUCUGAACUACAGCGUCUACACCACCAAGAGUGAUGUUUGGUCCUUUGGGGUCCUUCUCUGGGAGAUCGUGAGCCUUGGGGGCACGCCAUACUGUGGCAUGACCUGUGCUGAGCUGUAUGAGAAGCUGCCUCAGGGCUACCGCAUGGAGCAGCCUCGUAACUGUGACGAUGAAGUGUACGAGCUGAUGCGUCAGUGCUGGCGGGACCGUCCAUACGAGCGACCCCCCUUUGCCCAGAUUGCACUGCAGCUGGGUCGGAUGCUGGAAGCCAGGAAGGCCUAUGUGAACAUGUCGCUGUUUGAGAACUUCACUUAUGCGGGCAUCGACGCCACAGCUGAGGAGGCCUGAGCUGCUGUCGAGCCAGAACCGGGCUCUGCUGGCCAGAGCAAGCUCCGCUGUCCACCCUGUGACUUCGGAUCCUCGCAGCCUCUGACCUGAACUCCCUCAAGCAAUUUUUUUUUUUUAACUUAAGAAAAGAAGGGACCCUGGGGUGGGGUGGGCGUAAGGGCCUUGGGUCCUCAUCCCUCGCAGCUGCUCCCAGGCCACGUGCAGCUACUCUUACAGCGACCCUUCACACCCUUCCUUCUAGUUGAGCUGCUCAACCCUCUUCUGCCACUCCCCACGCUCAACCACCCCCCCCCCCGCAGCUCCUCCACCCAAGCCGGCACCCACACCACUAACAUUCCCCUUUAGGCUACGUCCCCACCCCCCACCCCCAGCCCCCAGCUUUGUAAUCCCAAAACAAAUAAAUGCUCUGAGAAACUCCAGCCCACGUCUUCGACUGCUGGCCAAUCCCAAGGAAAAGUCGAACCAGAGGGCAACUGGACUAAGAAACGCUGUCCCGAGUUGCACAGUCGCAG